GUCAAACAAUUAAUGAUUGGUCUGGUACUGUAAUUGUUUUAAAAGUCAGUAAAACAAAUGAGAUAAUCGGUGGAUUUAUUCCUUAUGGAAUUGAACUAGCCGAAUUUUCAAUUUAUCAUGUAACAAAUGAUAGUUUUAUUUUCUCCUUAAAAAAUGAAACCCAGAAAGAAUCUAUUCUUAGCAGAGUAAAUAACCGUGUAUAUGCAAAUAAUGCAGUACUUAUAUAUACAGGCAAGUUUCCAUCUUUUGGCGAAUAUGAUCUUAAAUCAGACGGUUUUAAAAAAUGUUAUUGCGAAAAAAUUCAUUAUAAUUGCCCGAUUAGAAAAACUGAUG